AUGCAGAUUGCUUUGCCCGGAACAUCGUUUUCGUUGUUGCAGAGGAUAGGUGCUAUAAUGCGUAAUGGUGCAAAGCUGUUUGCUGUCGGUUCUACUUCUUCUCUGGUCGGUACUGUCGUGACAAAUGCAGUGAUCAAUGCUCGUAAAGCUGUUGAUCACUCUGGUGGAGGUGAAGUGGAAAAUGUUCCUGUAAUAUCAACCAGUGUUGCCUAUGGUGUCUACAUGGCAGUGUCUAGCAAUCUUCGAUACCAAGUGUUGGCUGGCGUUAUCGAGCAACGGCUUCUAGAACCUCUGCUUCAUCAGCAUAAGCUAAUUCUGAGUGCUCUUUGCUUUGCCGUGCGAACGGGCAACACUUUCUUGGGUUCAUUGUUGUGGGUUGACUAUGCUCGUUUGAUCGGGAUUCAGUAG